AGGCAGGGUAGAGGGCAGCUAGGCCCUCACAAAACGGUUAGCACACUUCCAUGUCGAAGCUAAACCUUACGUGUCGCCUUCCCAAUAUAAACGAUACACCCCAGUCGUCGCGGUCUCCAUAUUUAGCCACCCGGAGUACUAUGUCACAAAGUGGGAGACGUUUUGUAUAUGUUUACAGUCGUGCAAAACACAGCAGUGGCAUCAAAACAAUGCUGACCACCUAAGCUAACGCUAGCUUCUGUGGUUCUUUGGGAGCUAACUUUGUUACAUUUGUCAUUGUGGUUCAUUGCCGAUGUCUUAAACUACAACUAGGGUUCCAACAUAAGCUUUUGGUUCCCAGGAUGGUGGAAUGUACGUCUUGUUAAAUAUAUACGCCUAACGCAAAGGUUUAGGUCCUAUAUAUAUAUAUAUAGAAAUAGAAAGCAAUCCCUUCAGUUGUGUUGAGACCCGACAUGAGCAACUCAUUGACGGUAGUGACUCACGCUUGUGUUAAAGUUUUCCAAAAUAAACACCCUGAAAAUAUGGAUGAUGAGAGACUGUAUCCUCUUGAAAUAAUAAUGAAUAAAAGAUACAUAUUUGUUUCAAAUGUUUGCAGUUAUUGCCAUUAUGUUUGGAGCAAGCUUGCUCAACAAAAGUAAAAUGAUUUAAGUGCAACUUAAAUGUACUUUUUCACCACUGCCUUUGUUCAGUAUUUUAGUUUAUUCAUACUUAUCCAUCCUUAGUUCAUCAUCACUAUCACAGAAGAUGACAUUAAUAAUCUCUGACCUUGAAAUCUAGACAACAGAAAUCAAAUAGUUCAUGUUCAGUGUGUUGCACAUUUGUCACACGUGAUAAACAUAUAUAUAUUAUGUUCAAGCAGCUGUUCUGUUACAAUUGGCAACAUUACUCAUUCUAAAUUCAUCGCAGUUGAGAAUUAAAAAGAUGAAUACAUUUUCUUUCAAUCUUAAAUUGUGCAAGUACUCUCAACAUUAAUGGCAAGCAUCAAUUAGAUAUGGAUUCGGAGGAGAAUGAAGUGGAGAGCAGUAGUGAUGCGGGGCCCGCAGGGAUGGAGGUGCCAUCUGAAAGUGGUAUGGGCAUGGAGUCAUCAGAGGCCAUGUCGGCAGACAGCAGUGAUGCUGCUGCUUCUCAUGCACAGGCCCCAGAGUCUGACUGCCACGUGGGACAGAGCUCAGAGGGACUUGUGGUGUUCAUCCCAGAAACCAGCUCCAGUACAGAUGCCAGAGUGUCAUCGGUCCACCUCCCCGACUCUUCCUCAGUGGCUCAGUCCACCAUUGUGUCCAGCGUCUCCACAGUGACUCAGUCUGUGCUGGUGUCAGAAUCAGCCCAAGUGCUGGUCCAUUCCAGUGCUGUGUCUGAAGGAGCCAUGAUGGUUUCUGACUCAACUGCUUCUACCUCGUCAGACCUGGGGUCUGCUAUUGACAAAAUCAUAGAGUCCACCAUUGGCCCUGACAUCAUGAAUGGCUGCAUAUCAGUGACCAGUGCAGAAGAGGGAGGUGCAGAAACUACCCAGUAUCUCAUAUUGCAAGGACCAGAUGACGGCGCUCCCAUGGUAGCUCAGAUGUCAUCUUCUGCCCUGUCCAGUCGUAUAGCCAUAGAAGCUCUUGCUGAAGGUCCCACAUCCACCUGCUUAGAGCAGGGGGACCUGCAGGGCAACCUUGAUCCUGACCAGCCUGAUGAUCAGCCUGGCCACUCAGGUUACCCAGAGGACAGCAGCAGUCAGCCUGACCAGCCCCAGCACUCCCACCCCUCCCAGUACCUGGAUUGCAGUGCAGAUGGCCCAGACCAGACAGGAGAGUCCUCUUCUUCCUAUGUAGAGUGUUCAGGUGAGGAACCAGACCAGACACGCUCUCAGUCAGGCUUUCCUGACUACAGUGGGGACAACAGUGACCAGGACCUGCCAGGAUAUGUGGAAUGCAGUGGAGCUGACUCAAACCAUACCAGUCAAGGUCACUAUGUCGUUGAGUGCAGUGCUGGAUAUCUUGAGUGUGCAGUGGAUGAUGGAGAGCAGCCACAUCAUUCACGCAGUUAUAUUGACAGUAGUGCAGACCACCGAUCCCAGAUAAGUCGGCAGUAUGGAGCUGAGUAUGAUGGAGAAUGUGUUGCAGCUGACUCUGAGCAACCAGGUUGUUCUCAGUACCAAGCCAGGGAUGAUGAUGAUGAUGAUGAUGAGGAAGAUGAUGAUGAUGAUGAUGAUGAGCAGAACCAGGAUCCAGAUCAGCCACAGCACUCCCAACAGCAGCCCCAACACUCCUGUUACAUGGAGAGCAGCAAUGGCCCAGAGGCCUCCCUAUAUGCAGAUGACAGCUCCUCAUCAGACCACCCUCUGGCUGACACAGCAGGUUCAGGUGGGCUUCCUGAGGCACUUGAGAACAACGAGAGUCAGCCUGGGCCCUUCAUCAGCAGCAGUGGGACAUAUACCUCCAAUCCAGAGCCUGAGCUGACUCAACCGUGCUCACCCAACCAAGAGGAGCCCCAGGGUUCCCAAGGGCCUCAGGUUGAAGCUGGGCUGGUCAGGGAGAUGGAGACAUCAUCAGUGGCACAAGGCACUGGAGACAGACCUCCAAACCUAGCUGAGCUGGAGGAGCUGAUGGAAGUCGUGAUUGUACAUCAGUUCAGGUGUAAGAUGUGUCCAUACAAGAGUGCUUCUAAAGACACACUCAUAAACCACAUGAGAGACAAACAUUUUAAACCUGCAGGGGAUGCGUCAAAGAAGCGUAAACGUGGACGGCCUCCUAAAAGUGAGACAUUGGCCCGUCGCCAGUCAGAGAGGGAAGAAGCUGAGGAGAGAAGGGCAGCUAAGAUGAACGCUGCUGAGCCUCAUCAGGCAGAAGAAGAGGAGGACGAUGUUGUGGAUGCUGGUGCUAUUGAUGAUCCAGAAGAGGAUAGUGACUUCAACCCAGUAGAUGAGGACUGGAAAGGAAGACCACCUGCUAUUCUGAAGAGGCCCACUCCUCCUAUUUCCUCCUCCUCUCAAGGACGUCCUCGACGUAAGGUUGGUCGUCCGAGGAAGUACAGCUGUUUGGAAGAAGGAUAUGUCAGCAAAGAAGCAGAAAGUAUUGCUAAGAAGCCCAGGGUUAGUGCCGAUGCUAGUGUACCUGAAGAGGCAAGCUCUUCUGGGUUAGGCAAUGGUCCUGCUGUAGAGAUGGAUGGAGACACUGUUGAGGCCACAAUAAGCCAAUCAGAUUCUGAGAACAAAGACCCGUCAUCCAACACUCAGCCAGAGGGGGAGGAGUUCUUCCAGAGGAAACGUGGCCGACCCUCCAAACGUUUCCUUCGCAAGAAGUACAAGAAGUAUAUAAAUCGAAAUCGUUAUUAUAAGUCUCUCAAACCCCUCCUGCGACCCCACAACUGCUGGAUCUGUGGCUCACGUUUCCUCACUCAAGAAGAUUUGCGCUUCCAUGUGGACUCUCAUGAAGGCAAUGACCCAGAGCUUUUCAAGUGCCUCCAGUGUAACUAUCGCUGUAAGCGCUGGUCCUCACUCAAGGAACAUAUGUUCAAUCAUGAGGGAACCAAGCCUUUCAAGUGUGAGGAGUGUGAUUACACAAGUGUGUACAGAAAAGAUGUCAUUCGCCACUCCGCUAUCCACAACAAGGAGAAAAAGAGAAAGACAGAGUUGGUACCAAAGGUGUCGGAGUUCCCCUGCCCUGUGUGUCAUAGAGUUUAUCCAAUGCAAAAGAGAUUGACCCAGCACAUGAAAACCCACAGCUCAGAGAAACCACACAUGUGUGAUAAGUGCGGCAAAUCGUUUAAGAAGCGCUACACAUUCAAAGUGCACCUACUAACCCACAUCCAGAGUCUUGGAGACAGCAAGUUCAAGUGUGAGUUUUGUGACUACACUUGUGACAACAAGAAACUGCUGCUCAACCAUCAGCUCUCCCAUACCAAUGACAGGCCAUUCAAGUGUGACUUCUGCAAAUACUCCACUUCUAAAGAAGAGUUCCUGGUCUCCCAUCUAGCCAUCAAACACACGGGUGAGAAGCCUUUCUCCUGUGAAAUGUGUCACUUCACGACUAAGCACAGAAAGAACCUGCGUCUGCAUGUCCAGUGUCGCCAUCCUGAGGAGUUUGAGGAGUGGUCAGUGGCUCACCCUGAAGAGCCUGUGCGGAGGCGACGCAGACCGUUCUUCACCCUGCAACAGAUGGAGGAGUUCAAACAACAUGAAGAUGACUCACCGGACUUACAGAACACUAUUGUUGCAGUAGAUUCUGCAACACUACAAGCCAUGCAGGGGAUAGAGAAUGCCUCUGUGUCCCAGGAUGCACUGGGAAACACCACCAUCAUCUAUGAGCAAGCUGAAUCCAGUGAACUAUCUGCCCAGAACGCCCUGGACCUGUUGCUGAACAUGAGCAAUGCCCGUGAACUGGUUGGAAACUCUUUACAGGUGGCAGUGCUGAAGUCAGAUGACAAAGCUCUGGAAAAGGGCACUUGGAGUACAGUGACAACAACAGGCUCGGGCCAGGCCCAAAAGGUUAUGACAUUCCACGUGUCUGAGAACGGUGAGACUGUGCUACAAGAAGCCUACGAGGCUGCCACUUCUGAAACAGGAGAGCUCACCCAGAUCGCCAUCGAAGCCUACGAAGGUGGUGGGGACUUCAGUGUGGUAGAGCAGACUGCUGAAGACGUUCAUAGCCCUGAAUACAGUAAUGGGGAGAACAGCCCCUCUCAGGCUUUAGAGGCAUCAGGACCAGAGAGCUUAAAAAGCGAAAAGUACUAUCUUGCACCGACGCUUCCUGAUGGUGUGCUGCAACAAGUGGAGCUAAGCAGCGAAGCUCCAGCCUCUCCCUCUGCAACAGACUCGCCGAGUCUCGGCGCUAAGAGGUUUUCCUGCCGAAUCUGCAUGGAGUCAUUCCAUGGACGCUCUGACAUGGAGAACCACAAGAGGGCGCACUUGGAUCCCAACACCUUCAAGUGUCCUGACUGUGACUUCACCUCCACUUCCUGGCCUGAUGUCAAGGUUCACAUGGAGCAGCAUUCCUACCUGCGUCCCCACAAGUGUCCAAACUGCAGCUUUGCCUCCAAGAACAAGAAAGACCUGCGUCGACAUAUGAUGACCCACACCAAUGAGAAACCCUUCUCUUGCAAACUUUGUGGACAAAGGUUUAACCGUAAUGGUCACCUGAAGUUUCACAUGGAGCGUCUCCACAAUCAGGAUCUUCUUACUCGCAAGAGCCGCACCCCGACAUCUCAGCAAACCAUCAUCGUCAACAGUGACGAGGAGGCUCUAGCCACACUGCAGUCUUUGCAGGCACAUCAGACUGUUAUCACACCCGAGCGGUUGCAGGCUUUGGGACAGGAGCACAUAAUUGUAGCUCAAGAACAGACGCUGUCAGAUCAGGAGGAGGGCACGUACAUUCAACAGAUAACCACUAUAGAUGGACAAACGGUCCAGCACCUGAUGACUGGAGACAGCCAGCUGGGAGAAGUCCAGUAUAUCAUCUCACAAGAUGGAGUACAACAUUUGAUCCCUCAAGAGUAUGUAGUGGUGGCUGACGGCAACCACAUACAGAUGCCAGAUGGACAGAUCAUCCAGUAUGAGCAUGAUGGAUCCUUUCUACAGGAGCAGCAGAUUGCUGUGAGUCACGAUGGUCAGAUCCAGUACCUUCCUGUCAGUUCGGAGCAGCAGAUAGUGAAUACUGAAGACCUGGAGGCUGCUGCUCACUCUGCUGUCACAGCCGUAGCAGAGGCAGCAAUGGCACAGACGCAGACAGUCUACACUGAAGCGACACCUGAACAGCUGGAGCAGCUGCAGCAGCAGGGCAUCCAAUAUGAUGUCAUCACCUUUACUGACGAAUUGACAGCUAUGUAAACCUACUGGGUUACAAACCUGCGCCGACCAGGACCAAUUCAGACCACUAUAAGCUGGCAAGUACGGUGCAGUGACCCCGAUAAUAUUUAUGCAUUCAUUAAAGUACCCACACUCAUCCACAGUAUUAUGUGCUUGAGGGUGAUUGCACUGUUAAAAAUAAGUUCAUCAGCUUUUUGUAAAUUCAAAUAAUUACACCCAUUGCUUCUAACUUAAUCAUAGGGGCUGCGCAUUUAGGAGUUGGACUGUAAUUACUGGAAAUGAUAUGUUAAUGUGCCUCAACUGCUUUUAUUUGCAAGACAAUGUUAUCAAAGAACAUACAAUGGCUUAUAUCAUGUUUUUGGAAGAGGUAGCAAGCACCCAAAUGAACAUUUUAGUUUUCAGAUGGAGUGACAAGGGAGUUUAUUUUUGAUCUGUUUUAAGAUACAGUAUGUCAGUUCUUUGAGUGUCACAUCUUUGUGUUUACGGAAUAUGAAAAUGUACAUACCUUUUGCAUUUGUUGGACAUUUUGUUAUUAUUUGAUGAAUACAAAGUGUUUAAUAAGCUGAAAGCUGACACCAAAUAAACCACUUUGUGUAAACCUUG